UCCGUCACAUCUAAGUCGCUCUCUCCUUCCUUCCGCCAUUUAUUUUUGUUUGGGGGGUUUAUAGAUUGCAGAGUGGUCGUAAUUAGGGUUUCGCAGAGAUGAGCCGAAGUUUGGGAAUACCGGUGAAGCUUCUCCACGAGGCGUCAGGUCAUAUAGUGACGGUUGAGCUAAAGAGCGGCGAGCUCUACAGAGGAAGCAUGAUCGAGUGUGAGGAUAACUGGAACUGCCAGCUCGAGGACAUUACCUUUACCGCUCAGGAUGGUAAGGUAUCACAGCUUGAGCAUGUCUUCAUUCGAGGCAGCAAAGUCAGGUUUAUGGUCAUACCAGACAUUCUCAAGCAUGCUCCAAUGUUCAAGCGCUUAGAUGCUAGAAUCAAGGGAAAGAGCGGAUCACUUGGUGUUGGCAGAGGUAGAGCUGCAAUGCGAGGAAAAGCUCCGGCUACUGGGCGUGGAACUGGAGGAAGGGGAGUAGCACCACCUGUGAGGAGAUGAUUGAAUCUAUGCUUCUAUCUGCAAACAACGCCAGCCUCUCUUACGUUUGUUGUGUAUUGCUUUAAGGUUCACUUGUAAAACCAAUGUCCUUCACUAUUAGUUCUGUAUUUUGAGAUGCUAAGAUGUUAAAAAAUUGACAAGUUUUCCUUA